CCGUUUCUCCGAGCCCGCGCAAAUGGCUGGUCAGGGACAUCAGGGAUGCAGCUCACAGAAACUAUUCCUGCUGCUGCUGCUAAAUAUUGUUGCCUCUGUUUCAGGUGACUCGCCUGUCCUAGUUUCCGGGUUCGUUGGAGAGCAGGUUGUGCUGCCCUGUACCUACAGUGGGAAUGUCUCAGUCUCUGAUUUACAGAUAAUAUGGGGGACUCUCAAAUAUGAACUCUUACACAAGUUUGUCAAUGGGAAUGAUGCUUUAAGAGAACAAAAUGCACGGUUCAGAAACAGAACAAACCUGUUCAAAGAUCAGCUGGAAAAAGGCAACUGGUCAGUUCUGAUCUCUGACCUCAGGGAGACAGACCAGGAUGAGUAUGAAUGUCAGAUUUACAGCAGGAUGGGGGAUCACUUUCGAUGGAAGGAAGUUGUUUCCAUCCAACUCUCUGUCACAGUUGGCCCAACCCAAGGCCCAAAUGAAACCCUAGAAGCAGAUCAUGGCAAGCAACUCAAUCGAACCCAAGAUCCUGGACUUUCUACUGGAGCAAGUGCUGGAUUGCAAAUCGGGAUUCUUGCUGCUGUUGUUUUUGCUGUUGUUGGAAUUGUCUUUUGCAUCAUCCGCCAGCGCAAAAGAUGGAAUUGUAUUCAAAACCAACACAGCAGUGAACAAAAUCAAGCAUCGAAUUGUGACCCUUUGACAGAGGUGCCUGGUUCAGGUGAAGCACAGAGCCGUGUGCCAACAGCACCUGAGCAUCAGGAUGGAGCGGCUAGAGAGCAAAAUCUUCUGGGGAACAGGUCUGUCCAACACUGACUGAGCCUGACUCAGAGAGCAGGAAAUCACCCCUGUAUUGUUGGGAUCAAGUGAUUCCUGGUGGAAAGUCUGAGCUCAGGAUUGGGAUCAACAAUCACUUCCCAAAUUCCGCAAACCCUUUGGGGCAGCACAAUUUCAGGAGGAAAAUUCCCAGUGAAAAUAUUAUCCUAUUCCUGGAUAAAGUAUUUCAUUCUGUGUAUUAUGUCACUAUGACACUCACAGACUGUGUCCAAACUCAAUCAUCGGGCUCACUUUUAGCAUUGAUCCUUCCCUCAGAGACUUUUCCAAGAAAAUUUCCAAAAUAUCCUGUUGAUAAGUUGGUGGGAGCAUCGUGUAGUUUCUGGAAAAUUUGUUAACUUGUUCUCAGUGUGCAUAUUUGCUGCCAGGGCCCCAUUCAUUGUCCAUCUCAACUUGCCCCACUGCAGCCCUUGUAGCGAUGGUCGUCCCUCAUUGGGGAACAUGGGAAGAGGCUUCGGAAACUCCCUCUGUAGCACGUGGUUCCCUCAGAGCCAGCAAGUGUUUAAAAUUCAGAAACCAGAACCUGGAUGGUUUACACAUUGAAACUGCAUCUGGCCAAAUAUAUAUCCUGCACAUUUAACUGUUAAUUUUCUAUAAAUUUAUCUAAGUAAUUGUAUUGUAAAUAUUUUAUCUCUGAAUCUGUCAGAUAUCAUGAUUCCUUUUCUAUCUGUACUGUUUGCUCCAGGGUUUGAUUAAAGUAAAUCUGUUGCUGCUGUGAAUUUUUUAACAUUGGAAAUGUUUGUAUUUUUAACCUGGGUGUUUGUCCUAAUUUACAGAUAUGUCUUGUUAAUUUAAAUGUGACUUUUGUAUAUGAAGUAUCUACCCCAAUGGUGAUUGAUCAUAAUUUUCAAUGGAAGGAUAAAACUUUGUAAAUAUUUUAGAUCUGGAUACAUCUGUAUUUCUACCCUGGAUAUUUUGUUACUUUUCUGCCUGUAGUUUUUGCUCUGAUCUGUGAUUAAAGAGAAGCUGCUGCCGAUAUUA